CUCUCCUCUUCCUCUCGAUCCUUCCCUUCCUCCUCCUUGCCGCACGACCACCUUCCUCUUUGCACAGCCCCCUUCCUCUCCUCUUCCUCUUGAUCUUUCCCCUCCUCCUCCUCCUCGUCGCUGAUCCAUCGCGACAGUGGUGGCCCUCGCCUCAGUUUCUGCUCUCUUUGGCCGUCUCUCGCCGUCGCAGUGGUCCGUUGCGUGGCUUCGUCUUGCCAACGGGAGUUUGCUUUCUCUCUUUUCUUUCUUAGGGUUCAACUGUUAAACUCCAUCAUCCAAUGGCUUCUUCUUCAAACACCAAAACGGCUUACGACGUCUUCUUGAGCUUUAGAGGGGUAGACUUGCGUAAGAGCUUCGUCGGCCAUCUCUACCAAGCUUUAAAGCAGAAGGGAAUACACACUUUCCGAGAUAAUGAGGAGCUGGAAAAGGGAGACGAAAUAUCACCAGUGCUUAUGAAGGCCAUCGAAGAAUCAUGCAUCGCAAUCAUCGUUUUCUCUGAUGAUUACGCUUCCUCAAGGUGGUGCUUGGAAGAGCUGGCAAAGAUUAUGGAGUGUAGGGAGCAAAGAACCUUACUGUUCUCCCAGUGUUUUAUAAGGUGGACCCAAGAGAAGUGAGACAGGGAAGAAAUAGUUAUCGAAGAGCUCUAAAUAAGCAUGAAUCCAAGCUUGGGAAGAAUUCGGAGAAAGUGAUGAGAUGGAAGAAAGCUCUUUUUGCCGCUGGUAACUUGUCUGGGUGGCAUUUGAAUGAUGGGGAUGAGUCAGAGCUUAUACAAGGAAUUGUGAAGUUCAUCUCAACUCAGCUAUCCAGAACACCUCUUCAUGUUGCUGAUUAUCCGGUUGGGAUAGAUUCCCAAGUGGUUAAGCUGAGAGGAAUGUUAAACCUUGAGUCUACAGAUGAUGUUCUCAUGAUGGGAUUAUGGGGACAGGGAGGUAUAGGAAAGACAACGUUGGCUAAAGCCAUUUAUAAUGAUAUUUUCAGACUAUUUGAAGGUUCAAGUUUUCUAGCACAUGUUCGAGAAAAUUCAAAAGGUUACGAGGAUUUAGUUGCUUUGCAAGAAAUAUUACUGAACGAUAUAUUAUUACCAGAAAAACGUUUAGAAGUGUCCAAUGUCGAUGGAGGUAAAAAAUUAAUACAACAAAGACUUGGCCGCAAAAGAGUUCUUGUCGUCCUUGAUGAUGUGGAUUGCUUGCGCCAGUUAGGUGCUUUAGCAGGAAAAGACAAGUGGUUUGGUGAUGGUAGUAGGAUCAUUGUAACUACAAGAGAUAGCCAUAUGCUUACUAGUCACGAGAUAUAUCGAGAUCGUGUGUAUGAAGUUACAACAAUGAAUGACGGUGAAGCUCAUGAGCUGCUUAGUAAGCAUGCUUUUCCACCACACCAAAAAUUAAAAAUCAGGACAGAUCUAGUAAAUGGUGUUCUGAAUCAUGCUAAAGGCCUUCCUUUAGCACUUGAGGUGUUGGGUUCCUUCUUACACAAUAGAGGAGAAGCUGAAUGGGAUAGUACACUAAGAAGGCUGUCUAAGUUUCCCAAUAAAACCAUUAAUGAUGUGCUCAAAAUAAGCUAUAUUGGACUAGAGGAAGAUCAUAAAGAGAUUUUUCUCCACAUUGCCUGCUUCUUCAAGGGGUGGGAAAUUGGUCACAUUUAUAAAGUUCUCAACAGUUGUGAUUUUAAGGCAACAAUAGGAGUAAAAGUUCUCUAUGAGAGGUCUUUGAUAAAAAUUGAGUCUAGAACCCUACAAAUGCAUGACUUGAUUCAGUCAAUGGGCAUGGAUAUUGCGAAGCAAAAAUGUGAUGAUCUCAGGAGACAAAGUAGACUAUGGUUAUAUGAGGAUGUUGUUGAUAUUCUAUCAAGCAACAUGGGAGAUUGUGAUGUUAAAGCCAUAGUGUUGAACCCACCUGAGCCGGUAAAGAUAAGUGUCAAUGGUGAUGCUUUUACAAAACUGAGAAGGUUGACAUUGCUCAUUCUACGCAAUGUUUCUUUCCAAGGCCCUAUAUGUCUACCCAACGAGAUAAGAUGGUUGGAAUGGCCCGAUGCUCCUCAGUUUCCAGAAUUUGCCUCUGGUCCCAAGAAAUUAGUGAGCCUUGAUUUGAGGAAUGGCACGGUGACAAUUGUGCCAAAAUCAUUGGAUGUGAGCAUUUAUGUACAUAGACCUUUCUAUUAUCCACUUCAUUUGCAUGUAUAUGCGUAUUAUGUGUAUUCUUACACAGAAGGAGUGGUGUUCCUAUGUUUUAGAAAACCACUUCUCUGUUUUCUUUCAUAUUGACCCUGACUACUCAAAGAAAUAUUUUAUGUGCAGCAAAGUUAGCAUUUGAAAAAUGAAGCAUAAACAACUUUAUUAGAAAUAAAUACACAACACAAAGAACUCUUAUAAAUAUAUGUAGAAGAGAAAGACAUUUCAAGAUUUGGAAAUUAAUCAUGAAGGUCAUUGCAUCGAAAGAUAAUCCAAAUUAUGAUAUUGAAAUAUGUGAGAUAAAAUAGAAUGACCUAUUCAAUGUAUCUAUCCAUAGGGAUAGUGCUUGUAAAAUAUGUAAUUGAGUACAAUUGAUAGAAGGAAGAUUCAAAUUCCUUAAGUAGGAUGUCUUUCUUACUAUUUAUUGUAAUAUAGAUAGAAUUCGCAUGUCUAAAUGUAAGCUGUGUAACUUCACUCUGACUUUGUCGGUUGUUUACAUAUAAGUUUUUUUUUUUUUUUUUUUUGAAGAAAAAACUGUAUAAUGAUGACGUAUAAAGAAAACAAAAAAUAUGACAAGCGAACCCAUUGAUACUGUAUAUAAAAGUAAAACCACCAAAGGAGCCUGGCUGAAUGGUCAAGCGUUUCAUUUAAAUGUGGCGAAUCAAAUAUCCUGAUCAUAGCAUCUUCUACUCAAAUUAACCUUAGAGGCAAAGCAGUCAUUAAGUGAUGGAGCCUUACCUUGCCCAAUGCACAUAGCUAAACGGCCGGACUUGUCCUGCAUCAAUUGUAUUAGCUAAGUGGAAAGUUUUAAUGCACCGCGCUGCAAAACAAGACAUUGUUAGUAGCUUAAAUCAGUUCUUAAGAAGCAGAAUUUCUAAGUAGAUGUAAUAAAAUAUAUAUUAGAAACUAACCGAUAUAAGGGAUUCAGUAGUUACCACCAGUUGUUAAUCUAAAAGGAGAGCAAGAUUUUGAAUUGAGUGUUAAUUGUUUUUCAUCAUGAUGUAUUUCAAAGUUGGUUUCAUUGUCUUUGGAUGACUUAAAAAAAACAAAAAACUGAAAGUUUCUUAAGUUUUGGGAAAGUUCAUGGCGAUAGAAUAUAUAAUAUUAACAUCAACUGAUUAUAUAUAAAAAAAUUCACUUUGAUGCUUGC